AUGAAGUGGUUUGUGUUAUUUCUUAUGGUGCCGGUGUGUUUUGCACACCUGAACGUUUACCUGAGUAGCGCUGAAGUAUGGAGAUUGCUGGGUCUCACAGCGGAGUUGUUUUACGUGCGAGAGGGCCAAAUCAACUUCUAUGCACUCAACUUCGUGGUACCUGUCCCGGCCACCAUUGAGGAGUUGCAUUUUACUUGGCAGAGCCUUACAAGACGACCGUUGCCUUAUACGCUACAUGUCGAAGUGGUAUCCCACCAAGAAGCAAUGCAUACGCCAGAAUUCAACAUUACGAGCGAGGGCUUCGUACCCACAGAGCCUCAGACUUGGCAAGUGACAUUGCCCUGUACGCAUGUCGUGGCCGCAGAAGUUGACAUCACUAUAUCGCUAAACGUUUCCACUGGUUCUUCGUCUACUACCUUACAUUUUCGUCGAAGAAAAAUUUGUUUGAAAGAAGCACCACGGCCUGCUGUGAGAGUCGACACAAUACCACAUGCACCAACAUCUGCUGAUAUAUUUUACGCGGGAGCUGGUUGUGCUGGUGGCGUACUUCUAAUAGCGGCAAUCGGAGCGGCGGCUUGCAGAGCACGAGCGAGAAAGCUUCGAAGAGCACGAAGCGAUGAACAAGACGCUCACGCAUUUCUACCAGAUUCUUCUUGCAAGUCCGCUGCCAGUUAUACCAGCUAUCGACGGCCUACAUCUUUGCCUGCAGCAGCAGCCGAAGAAAGAGCUAGAGAUCUUCAACAGAGGAUAGCUGAAUUAACCAUUCAGAGAUGUCGAGUGAGGUUGCGGUCUGUGGCUAUGGAAGGAACUUUUGGUCGUGUUUACAGAGGGACAUAUGCUGACGAGGAUGGAAGGGAGCAGGAAGUGCUCGUCAAAACUGUUGCUGAACAUGCUUCUCAAGUUCAGGUAUCACUACUUCUUCAAGAAGGUUGUAUGCUAUAUGGACUACAUCACGAACGUGUGUUAUCCGUCCUCGGAGUGAGUAUCGAGGACCAGACUGCACCAUUUUUACUGUAUCCUUGGGGGAGUACUUGGAGGAACUUAAAGCAGUUCCUACUGGCCUGUCGAGGAGUAACGGUGGGAGGAGCAGCGGGUACAGCUCCGCCGCCGCCGCCUCUGACCACACAACACGUAGUGCGAAUGGCACUGCACGCCUUAGAUGGCCUAUUAUAUCUUCAUUCGCAACAUGUUCUGCACAAAGAUAUAGCUGCAAGGAAUUGCAUAGUGGAUGAAAAUCUUAGAGUGAUGAUUGCGGACAAUGCUUUAUCAAGAGAUCUCUUCCCUGCAGACUACCACUGUCUAGGAGAUAACGAGAAUAGACCUAUUAAAUGGCUAGCAUUAGAAUCCUUGACUAAGAGACAAUUUAACCCAGCGGCUGAUGUUUGGGCAUUAGGAGUUCUGCUCUGGGAGCUGACCACUUUGGCGCAUCAACCCUAUGCUGAAGUGGACCCGUUUGAGGUGGCGGCUUACUUACGAGAUGGCUACCGGUUACAACAGCCUGCCAAUUGUCCUGACGAAUUGUUUGCGGUAAUGGCAUACUGCUGGGCAAUGUCACCCGAUGACCGACCAACGCUGCAACAGCUACAAAUAUUCUUAAGGGAUUUCCACACACAGCUUACAAGAUUCGUCUGA